UGUCGCAGUUUAUGAAGAGCUCCAUAGUUGAUUGACGUGUGAAAGCAAGUAAACAAAAACAUAUAACCUGCAGGAAAUCCCGGAGACUAACUUUUAGGAUUAAGAGAGACAUUAAAACAGUAAGAGAGGCCUCAUUAAAAGGCACACGAACGGGGAAAAACUCGCUGCUGGGAGCGGUACGACUAGCUCCGGGCUCCGGCGCUCCAGCGGUCGGUUUGCCAGCACUAGCCGCGCACCAGCGCACCUGAGGCGGCUAACAGCGAGCCUCGGUCGUCGCUGCAUCCAGGAAUAACGGAUUAAACGUCUCAUGUGCUCAUCGUUGUGAAUAUACAUUGUGCUUCUACAUCUUGUGAGUACUGUUUCUGAGGCCUGCUUCUGGAUUCUGGAAGGAAGGGCGUUGGUUUGGGUUCAGCCCAAAUGAUGAUCUCUGGUUGCAGUCUUCUCAUGUUUGUCUGUAAAGCCUGUACACACCAACCCCAUCAGCAACACAGGUGCCUCAGCCAGCCGGUAUGUAGAAACAGGAUUAGCGGCGGAACAGGACUGAGCAGAGAUGGACGUGUAUGACCCUCAGACUCUGGGCAUCAUGGUGUUCGGCGGCUUCAUGGUGGUUUCAGCCAUCGGCAUCGCCCUGGUGUCCACUCUCUCCAUGAAGGAGACGUCAUAUGAAGAAGCCCUGGCCAAGCAACGUCGCGAAUUAGCUAAGACCCAACCCCCACGCGUUGACAAGAAGAAGAAGGCAUCAGAGAAAAAAACCAAAGCCAAGAAGAAGGAGGAGAAACCCAAUGGGAAGCUUCCGGAACAGGACUCUGGUCCUGAACUUGCUUCGGAGACUAGCGAACCGGAAUCGGACCCAGAACCAACAGCUGCACCAGAGCCUGUUCCUGUGGUCGAAGCCCCAGUUGUUCCGGUGCCUGUGAUUCCUGAACCUAAAGCAGAAGUUGAGGUCAUUCCAGCUAAGGCUGCCGUAGUGGCUGCCCAACCUGCACCAUCCCCAAAGGACAAGAAGAAGAAGAAGGUGGCAAAAGUAGAACCAGCCCCUGCUAAGCAAGUGGAGAUUGCUGCAGAGACCGUCACUAAAGAACCAGCCCCUAAGGUUGCCAAGGAGCCCAUCACUAAGGAACCAGCUGCUAAGGCUGCUAAGGUACCAGCUGCAAAGGUUGCUAAGGAACCUGUUGCUAAAGAACAGGCCACAAAGGUCACCAAGGAAUCUUCUGCAAAGGUUACCAAGGAACCUGUUGCCAAGGAACCUGCUGCUAAGGUUGCCAAGGAACCUGUUGCCAAGGAACCUGUUGCUAAGGAGCCUGCGGCAAAGGUCGCCAAGGAGCCUGCAGCUAAGGUCGCCAAGGAGCCUGCGGCAAAGGUCGCCAAGGAGCCUGCGGCAAAGGUCGCCAAGGAGCCUGCAGCUAAGGUCGUCAAGGAGCCUGCAGCUAAGGUCGCCAAGGAGCCUGCAGCUAAGGUCGCCAAGGAACCUGCAGCUAAGGUCGCCAAGGAGCCUGCAGCUAAGGUCGCCAAGGAGCCUGCAGCUAAGGUCGCCAAGGAGCCUGCAGCUAAGGUUGCCAAGGAACCUGCAGCUAAGGUUGCCAAGGAACCUACUGCCAAGGAAGCAGCUGCAAAGGUCGCAAAGGAACCAGUCACUAAGGUUGCCAAAGAACCAAAAGCCACAAAGGAACCAGCUCCUAAGGCCACUAAGGAGACAGUGGUUGCCCAAGUUGUCCCAGUGGCUGCAGCUCCACCAAAAUCUGAGGAACCCAAACCUGAAACUCCUUCCAAGAAGAAGUCCAAGAAGAAGACAGAGCCAGCAGUUACUGUGGAAGCAGCGGAUGUGCCUUUGCUGCUGCCGUUUAAAACGCUUGUGGCCACCCUGAGCAGCUCUGUGUUCAGUGAAUCAGAGAUACAGAAGCUUUUGGAGAUCAUCAGCGACAAGGCGGGAGCUGAUAGCUGGCAACUGGCGUCUCAGAAGGGCGACCCCUUGGCUGCUCUGAAAAAGCAGCUGGAGGAGAAGGAGAAGCUCCUGUCUGCUGAGCAGGAGAACGCGGCUGCAGCCAAGACACGCCUGCGAGACCUCACCAAGGAGCUGAGCACUGAGAAGAGUAAGCUGGCAUCUGUGGAGACAAGGUUGAGUUCGGUGGUGAGCGCUCGUGAGCAGGAGAUCGCUGCGCUGCACGCCCGCAUGAAGGCCUCUUACGAUGACCACACCCUCCAGACCCAGCAGCUCAACAGCAAGAUCCAGAGCCUGCAGGAGCAGCUGGAGAACGGCCCCAACGCACAGCUGACCCGUCUGCAGCAGGAGAACACCAUCCUCAGGGAUGCCCUGAACCAGGCCACCAGCCAGGCUGAGAGCAGGCAGAAUGCGGAGCUGGCCAAGUUGCGGCAGGACUGUGUGCGCCUGAGCCGCGAACGCACCGAAGCCCAGCAUGCCGAGGAGGAGCGCAGGAAGGCUCUGGAGACUAAAGUGGCCACUGCGGAAGAACAGCUGAACCAGGCAAAGGCUGGUCGUGUGGAGGCUGAACAGGCUCUGCAGCAGAAGUUGGAGCAAGUCAAAGCAGAGUUGAGGCAGGUGCAGGACAAUAGCACCACCCUACAGGCUCAACUGGAAAAAGCCCAACAGGAGGCCAGCAAGUUCACCGAGCUGCAGGAGCGUGCAUGUGGUACAGAAACGGAGCUGAAAGCCAGAUGUGCAGAGGUGGAGGCUUUGAAAGCACAGCUUGCUCAGGAGGCCCCAGUACAGGCUGAGACACAGGUGGAUAAGUCGGCGGAAGUGGAGCAGCUGAAGAGCAGUUUGACAGAGAGGGAGGGGCAGGUCAGCACACUAGAAGCGGAGCUCAAGCAGCUGAAGGAGGAGCUUGAAACAGUGAAGAGUGCACAUCCAGAACCCUCCGCCAGCAGUGAAGCAGAGAAGAACGCUCAGACUGCAGAGAUUCAGCAGUUACAGAGCAGCCUGAAGGAGAAAGAGGGUUUGCUGGUGUCUUUACAAGAACAACUAGACAGUAUGAAAGCCAGUGUGAAUGAGUCUCAGAGCUCAGUGCAGCAGCUGCAGGGCAGCCUGGCUGAGAAAGAGAGCUGUGUAUCAGCGCUGGAGGAAGAGCUGAAGCAGCUGAGAGAAGAGAAGGAGCAGCGGGAAGCUGCAGCGGAGAUCGCAGAGGCCGAGCAGCCGUUCGAGAACUUGGAGAAGGAUGCUCGGUUAAUUUCUCUGGAGGAGGAGCUCCAACAGCUAAGAGAGGAAAUGGAGCAGACAAAAACAAAGAGCAACGAGCUUCGGGAAAAGAACUACGCUGCUGUGGAGGCUCUGGCUGCAGCCGAGAGACUAAGCGAAGAGAGACUGAACCAGGCCAGGAACGCACAGAGUGAGACUGAACAGAAGCUGAAAUCUCUCCAGAUAGAGACCAGAAAUGCCCUCCAGACUAUCUUCCCCCACGUCACAGUGGAAACAGAACAGAGUAACUGGUUGGAGGCGUUCACACUGAAAGCAAAGGAGACGCUCUCAAACGGCCAGCAGGAACUGACUGAGGAGCGGAACACUGAGACUAAUGCACAGCUAACCGACGCACUGCAGAAGCUGAGGGAGGCUGAGGAGAGUCAGAGCGCACUGCAGGCCCAGUGUGACCAGUACAGAACCACUCUCAGUGAAACAGAGGGCAUACUGAAGGAUCUGCAGAGCAGUGUGGAGGAAAGAGAGCAAGCAUGGAAGGCAAAGGUCUCAGAGGCUGAGGAGCAGCAUCAAGCGCUGAAGGGGCAGGUGAUGCUGCUAGAGGCACAGCUCGAGAAACAGCUGGAGUCCUUCAGCUUUAGCCAGACAUGCGCUGAGGAGGUGGAGCAGCUAAAGGCAUUGUUAUCAGCCACUCAGAGUCAGCUGGAGUCUGCCCAAUCAGAAGCUCAGAAACAGAGUGCUGAACUCUUAUUGGUCAGGCAGCAGUUGCAGGAGGCGACUGAGCGAGUGCAGACCAAGGAGGAGACACAGCCCGGCCAGGUACAGACGCAGCUGGAGCAAACAGAAGGCCGCCUGCAGACAGAGGAGGGCGUCCGCCUGCAGCUGGAACACAGCUACGAGCAGGCGCAGAAAUGCAUCAGGGAUCUGGAGACUCAGUUGGAGGAGCUGAAGGCAGCAGGAGAGGGAUCCACCACAGAGCUAAAGGAGAGGCUGGAGAAGGAGGUGAAGUUGACGCAGGAUCUCAACGAGGCGGCCGUUAAGCUCCAGCAGCUGCUGAGGAACACCCAGCAGGACCUGAUCAAAGAGAGGGAAGCAGUGAAGAACCUUCAGGAAAAGCUACAGGACAAGGAAGGAGAGGAGCUGAAAGAAGGAACCUCCGUGUGACGUCACAGCAAGAAGGAGGACGAAUCAAAACUACCAAACUACCAAAAAUGCCUUAAUUCUUAUGUUCUUGUCCUUAUAAUCUCUCAUGUACUGUAGUGGAAACUGCAUGAAUGAGGAGGAAUUGAAAGGGAGGGGUGUGUCAUGUGGGUCCAAAGGGAAGGGAGCAACAGCGAUGGAUUAUGUCCAAGUUGAUGUCUUUUGUUUUUUGUUCAAAACUCUUCACAUUCCUACAACUUUCAGCGCUCAGUGUUAUAAAAAAGGGCAAAGCGCUCGUGCAUUAAAACACGCGCCGGUGUGCAAUCACUUAUUUUUGUUUUGCAAGGACCAUCCUUAACGUGGACGCGAAAAAAGAGAAGGAACAUUUUGCGUUAAGGUGACUCCUCGCAGGCCUUACACUUAUUUGUACUUGGCUGCUGACCAAAUGUGACUUAAAAUUAAAUAAAAACAUUUAAGGGAUUGUC